GGAACCCCGACUGUGAGCGCGGAUAAACGGAUUUGUUGUUGUUGUGUUAGCGGUAGCUGGGCUGAAAGUGAGUUCAGCGACAAUAAUUUCACAUUAAACAUCAUAUAUUACUCCCAGCAUGAGUCUGUCUCUGAGACCUGAGCUCCCAGCAGACAAAACUAAGCGUAAGAAGAGGAGAGAACUCAACGAGGAUCAGAAACAUGAAAUCAAAGAAGCUUUUGAGUUAUUUGACACUGACAAAGAUAAAGAAAUCGAUUACCAUGAGCUGAAGGUGGCGAUGCGCGCACUCGGCUUUGAAGUGAAGAAAGUGGACGUUCUGAAGAUUCUUAAAGACUAUGAUAGAGAGGGAAACGGCAAAAUAACGUUUGAGGAUUUCAAUGAAGUAGUGACAGAUCGCAUCCUAGAGCGAGACCCGAAGGAGGAGAUCAUGAAGGCCUUUAAGCUGUUUGAUGACGACGAGUCUGGAAAGAUCAGUCUGAGGAACCUGAGGCGAGUGGCUCGAGAACUCGGAGAGAACGUCAGCGACGAGGAGCUGCGCAGCAUGAUAGACGAGUUCGACACAGAUGGAGACGGUGAAAUAAACCAGGACGAGUUCCUCUCCAUUAUGACUGGAGAUUCCUGAUAAGACAUUUUACUGCUGCGGAGGACUUUUGGGGCGGAUCGGUCGUCCACAUUAGUGACUGAGUGUCAGCAUGGACGUUCUCUCUGAGGUCAUUCCAUUGGCCCUGAGGUUUGUACUUGAUUCAUUACACAAAAACUCUGGAUUGUGUUAGAACAUCAGCCACAUCGCUCGACCUGAAGAUGACGUUUAAAGUGUCGAUAUCUUGCUGCUCUUUGAAAUUUAGCAAAAAUGUCGUCAAGUUUUCUGUGUUUCUGUCUUCGUAAAAUGUGGCACUUCACCUCACCAGCGUCUCAAACAUCAUUUCACACUUUGAUGUUAUUAGUUUAGGUGAUUAUAUUCACUCUGUUAUAAACAUACCCUAAUAACUGUUGGGAAAAUGUUGAAAUUUUAUUGUUCAUUCUUGAAGUUGUAGUGUUGGAGAAGAAACGCACACACACAUUUCAUCAUGACCAAUUUGACUGGCUGUAUUUGCCGUUUGCAUUUGAGUGCUUGAAUGUGCUAUUUAUUUUUUACACAAUAAACUGUUUUCCCAGCAAA